UGAAGCACGGCUGUAUGAAGGAGAAAAGCGACGGCGGCAAAAACCAGAUUCCCGGAGUCACCACGGGGCCCUCGCGCCGACCCACCCCCGCCCUCCGCGCGCAGCGAAGCGCCGUGAGGCGGCAGCGCCCUCCCUGCCGGCACCGCGCAGCACGGCCCCGCCCACCGCGAGCGGGGAGGAAAGGGAAGAAGGGAAGGGGGGAGGAGAGAAUACCUCCGCUGCUCGCCCCGCCGCUGCCGCGCAGCCCUCUCCCGCCCGUUGGCUGCCGGGAGCGGCAUGGCGGCCGGAAGCGGCGCGCGUCCCGGGCGGGCGGCAGCGCCACUGGAGGCGGUCGAGCCAUACUCCUGUGGAAAAAACUUCACCUGACUAUUGUCCAGUCUGCAAAGAGAAAGGCCAGGUUCAAGUUUUACGGACUUACCGCAUCAACUUUCAAGAGUCCAUUUAUCUUUGUGAAAACCCUCAGUGUAUCUACCCUCUUGGUUAUAAACCAUUCAACAGCAUAAUUAUUUCUGCUGAUUCAGAACAUCUUCAAGUUCCAUCUAAUGAUAAGAAAAGGAAAUUGUGUGAUACCAGUGACCUUUCUCCCAUCGAAUCAAAUCCAAAACAAGCAAGAACUAAUAACGUGGUAAAUGUUGUGCAGACUAUUAAUACAGACCCUGUUGUCAAAAACUGUGGUAAUAGCCUAUGUAUCUCUCAGUCAAGUGCAUGUGACGUGUUACAAAAUGGCCAGCAAAAAUCUAAUAAUGAGGAAUCCUUCAGUCAGAAGAUGGAUUUUGAAACAACAUCCAACACCAACGGUCAUCAAGAAAGUCCACCUAAAAAUUUUAGCUCCAGAACACAAUCCUUGUCAAAUUCUACUCACAGCUCAACAACAUCUGAAAUUUUUCUCAGAGCCAAUAACUGUUCCACGAAUAACACAGACUUAUGUCUUCAAUGGAGAAACAAGUAUAAUCUUUGUUGGUUAGAUUGUGUUUUGUCUGCACUGGUACACUUAGAAGCAUUAAAAUUUGCUCUAGUAGAAGAAGAUGAUGAAAAAUGUUUACUCCAAAGGCUCUCGACAAAAUAUAAUAAAGCAAAUGUUCUUCUGAACACCUGUAAAAGGAGUAAGGUAAAAGAUGUUCUUCCUAAAGCAGAAUUGCUUCUCAAUGAAGUAAGAAACCAAAUUUUUGUACAGCUUCAGCCUCAGCUUAAGUGUGAAUUGGGGAAGGAGGAAAGUCCAGUGUUCGCGCUCCCUUUGCUCUUAAAACAGGAUCAACAAGCUGAGAAACUCUUCUUGCAUUCAUUUUCAUGGAAGUUUGAAUGCUUGUGCUGUGGCUACAAAUACCUGGACCGAUGUAGGAAAACACUAACAACGUUCACGAAUAUAAUCCCUGAUUGGCAUCCGCUUAAUGCUGUUCAUGUUGCUCCAUGCAAUAACUGCAGUGAUAGAUCUCAAAGAAGACAGAUGAUUUUGGAAAAAGUACCCUCAGUAUUAAUGUUACAUUUCCAAGAAGGCUUGCCACAUAACAACCUGAAGAGUUACUCAUUUCAGUUUGAAGAAGACAUUUACCAAAUAACAUCUGUUAUUCAGUAUGAAAUGCAUAAGAAGCACUUCAUAACGUGGUCAUUGAAUCCUGAUGGAACUUGGCUCGAAUGCGAUGAUUUAAAGGGUCCGUAUUGCAGGAGACAUAAAAGAUUUGAAGUUCCUCCAACAGAGAUUCAUAUUGUUAUCUGGGAAAAGAAAGCAUCCCAUUCGCCAGAAGGACAGAAUUCACAGUAUCAGAGUAAAAACAUUGAAGAUUCUCCUAUUAAUAAUGUGCAGUUAAAUUCCACAGUGUCACACUGUGGUUUUGAUAAUGCCGUAGACAAUAUACUUGCAGAAGAUCACAAAGGAGAUUCUGCGAGAAUUCCGGAUAAGAAACAGCAGGGGGUAGCUGAGGGUGACAGUAGUGUACAUUGUGGUUUAGAAAGUCUUGCACAUGAUGAUCUUGUAACUCAACUUGACUCAGAGGGUAAAUCACUGCCGAACAGCCAGAUGGUAGAAAAUAACCUUGUUUUUGAAAUGGGCUCACAGGAAAAGCAGGAAUCAGCUUUUUCACCUAACACUCCCUGUGCUGGAGAGUUCAGUGGAACUGAUCUGUAUAUGAAUGGUAAAGACAUGCUAUCUGAAAAUUCCAGCAUUUGCUUAUCUCUACAAGAGUCGAACCCAGCAAGUAUUACUCCUCCUGUACCCAAAAAACAUGACCCUAACCCAUCUGACUCAUUACUUGCUCAAAGCACGGAUAAUAGAGCUAACUUACUUAAUGGAGAACGUGGUUUAAGUUCAGGACAACAGAUAAACUGUAAAUUGCCAGCAGUAGAGAAUAUUGUACAAAAAUCACCUGACUUGAAAGGUGCAAGCAAAAUUGCAGUGCAUUCUCAAGUUGCAAGUUCCUCUGCUGAUAAUAAUUCCUUUCAGCCUUCAGACAAAGACCAAAAAAGAGGAUUUGUAGGAAGCUGGGUAAAAAAACUGUUAAGCAAGAAUACUUCUUUUCUGCCUUCAAGUGCCUUGAUUCCAAAGAAGGAGAGAAGUUGCAAAACUCCCUCAGUGCAAAAAUUAGGUGACACGUGGUUGCCGGUUAAAGGAGCAAGUAACUUUGGUGGAUUUCAAGGCAGAGGUGAAUGCAAAACAUCUCAGACCCUAACAUCAGCGCUUCCUCGGAGUAAUAAUACUCAUUGUUUAUCAAAUUUCAAAGGAUUUUCUCAAGGCACUUGUCUUCCUGGCAAAAAUCACAGUGCUAUGGGAGGCCCAACUUGGAAUAAGUCAGGCAAUACGCUGGGUACCUCUGGUAAAACAACUCAGGUCCAUCCACCUAGUUCUAAUUCUGUGAAGGUGGAAGAGUCAGAUAGCGACAAAACAAGAAAGCUUCGCCUAAAACUGUUAAAAAAGCUUAAUGCUAAGAAGAAGAAGUUGGCUUCACUGGACAGGCUAGCAGUGGAACAGGCAAAAUGUGGAAAACCUGUUGCUAGGGGUGUAAGUGCCCCUUCACAGACUGAAUCUCAUGAUAGCGAAUUACUACAGAGCUUUUUAAGGGAACUGCAGUAUCACAUUGAUGCUGCAGAUAAUUCGUCGGAAUUCAGUGUGAACUCAGAAUGCACUAUCCAUAAUAGUAAUGAUGAAAUACUGGCAGAAUUACUGUCCCCUGCUUCAACUAUUGCUUCCUCAGAGGUUCCUAAAAGUGAAGAUGAAUGUAUGUAUAUGGAAAUGGUAAAUAGCAGCGGUGCUGCAACACCAGAGCCUGCUGACAAGACCGGUGUAUCACACACAGCAACGACAAGUGAAGACCGCAGUUAUUACAGUCCUGUAAAGGACAGUAAUUACGAAUACACGGUGAGCAAAUCCAGUGUGAAAAAACUUGGUUUUGAGAGCCCCACAAGGGAAGAUAUCCUUGAAGACCUGUUCUCCAUUUCAGCACCAACCGCAAUGGCAGGUGACAUAGAUGUACCUCAUUUUGAUGAAACGCUGUUUGAAACUUGGUAAAUAGUUGGUUUCUUAGGGUUUUUUUUCAACAUUAUGUAUAUUUUGAAACAAAUCACUAUUAAAUUAUAUUUUCUAACUCAUUUAAUUGCACCCUGGCUGUACUUGAACAAUUUCCACUGCAAUUUUUCUUAAGCACUUUGUCUGCCACAAUAAAGUUUUUAAUGCAUUUUAUUUUUCCGAGAAACAGUUAUUUUAGCAGAUAUACAUUCAAAUAUAGCUCCUAUGAGUCUUAAUUUUUGCUGCUUUUAAUAUGGAAAAUGUACCCAUAUUUUAUUGGGUUUGAAAAAUAACAGAUUUCAGUAUCCUUGAUGGUGUAAUGGCGUGAGAAGUACUUAGGUAGCAUGGAUCUGUUUUUCAGGAUCACCAAUUCCUGAAGUCUUUUUGUCAAACACUUAGGAAAAAAAAAUCCACUGUUCUGUAAGAAUGGAUUUUUGUCUCCUUUGUUACAAAGAUCACAUGCAACACUCAACUCAAGAGUGAUACUCUGUUAAGAACUUGUGAGAAUUACUGUUCUGUAAGCUCCCCCUUCCCUGGAUCCAAAGAAGGGCUGGUACAAACUGCUAGUUCUUCCAUGUAAAGUUAGGGCACCUGCUGAGUCUUCAUCUUGGGUAACUGAAAAUAUAAUUUGGCUGAAUGUUAUUUGGAGCCAGGUCAUUUUCUUCAAGUAAAAUAAAUAAGAUUUGGGCCAGAGUUUGCAGUGCUAGGAAAGGAUUCCAAAUGUAACUUCUAUUUACGCUUUGCUGUGAAUUCACUAAUAAAAGAAAGAUUUCUGAGAAUGGAACUGUAAAUUAGCACUUACUGCUGUUGUCCCUAGGACAACACACCCCUAUCUGUAUAGAAGAGAAUGCCAAGGAGAGGCGAGGUCCAUAGGAAGAAAGCAAUGGAGACCAUGGCAAGACAGCAGUGAGUAGGCAGAGAGAGGAACAUUCACAUCGUGGUGUUUCUGCAUCUGCAUGUGGCUGUCAUUUUGCUAGGUGGGAGUCUUGGAAAAGCAUGGGUACAGAGGUGAGGGUACUGUAUGCUGAACUGGAUUAACUAUGUUUUUCUAGUAUGUGUAAUAAUGACAAUUUCAUCAGCAAGUCUUUGUCUCAGCCACUUCUAGAGGUACUGUACAUUUUUUCCUUUAGAUCCUGAAUUUAAAACACAAAUCCUCUGUCUUAUUUCCAAACAGAUGUGUUUUGAACAUAACUCAUUACAGAGCAUGGCUGCAAAUGUAAAUGGUCUUUGAUAGUGUGACCCAGAUUCAGUAAGUGAUUGAGAAUCUGUUAGUGGCACUGAAUGCACCUUGACAAGUUGUUUCUGUUGUAAUUACAUACGUGUUUAUUGAACUGGCGCUUCAGACAGCUAAUGGUUUCCUUCUUGAAGUAGCAGUCUUUGUGAAGAAGUGGAGCUCCUCUUUGUUUUAGAUAUUGUAACUGGUACGUUACAAUAAAAAAUCAGUGGGUUCUGAAUGUGAAGUACCACAGUACUGCUGGUUAAAUGCUGGUGAAACGUUUGUUGGUCUGUUCGCUUUGUAAAAAAAAAAUAAUAAUAAUAAAUUGUUGAUCAAAAUUA